ACAUAAUAUUUCUUUCUCCCUUCCCCUGCGUGGGUCACAUGAGAAGGGGCGGGAGAGCCUCGCUUAGCAGCAGCGGCGGCAGCGACAGUCGGAGAAGCUCCGCUGAGGAGAAGCGAGGCGAACGAGGACGUCGGCACUCGGCAGCAGCCUCGGAGCUGAGUGGAGCUGGAGCCGCCGGCCGCCAAGCGCCCCCCUCAGGAGUCCGCGCGGGCUCCUCGCGACGCCUCUAACAUCGCCCAGUGCUCGGACAGCAGCCCCAACAUGGACGAAGACGGAGGAGGAGGAGGAGGAAACGUGCCUGAUGAUCUUUCUGUAGAAGAGAGAGAAGAACUUUUCAAUAUUCGCCGUAGAAAAAAAGAAUUAAUUGAUGAUAUUGAGCGGUUAAAAUUUGAAAUAGCAGAGGUUAUGACUGAAAUCGAUAACUUGACAAGUGUAGAGGAAAGCAAAACUACACAGAGAAAUAAACAAAUAGCUAUGGGAAGAAAAAAGUUCAAUAUGGAUCCCAAGAAGGGAAUCCAGUUCCUCAUAGAAAACGACCUCUUGCAGAAUACUCCUGAGGACAUUGCACAGUUCCUUUAUAAAGGGGAAGGGCUAAAUAAAACCGUCAUUGGAGAUUAUCUCGGUGAAAGGGAUGACUUUAAUAUUAAAGUACUUCAGGCUUUUGUUGAACUCCAUGAGUUUGCUGAUCUCAAUCUUGUACAAGCCUUAAGGCAGUUCCUGUGGAGUUUCAGGCUUCCGGGAGAGGCUCAAAAAAUAGAUCGUAUGAUGGAAGCUUUUGCUUCACGUUAUUGCCUUUGUAACCCUGGAGUCUUUCAGUCUACAGAUACAUGCUAUGUGCUAUCUUUUGCAAUCAUUAUGUUAAACACUAGUCUACACAACCACAAUGUAAGAGACAAACCAACAGUGGAACGGUUUAUAUCUAUGAAUCGAGGUAUUAACGAGGGUGGGGACCUCCCCGAGGAACUGCUGCGGAAUUUAUAUGAAAGCAUUAAAAAUGAGCCCUUUAAAAUCCCAGAAGAUGAUGGGAAUGAUUUAACUCAUACGUUUUUUAACCCAGACCGAGAAGGUUGGCUGCUGAAAUUAGGUGGAAGAGUGAAAACAUGGAAAAGGAGAUGGUUUAUACUGACAGAUAAUUGCCUAUAUUAUUUUGAAUACACAACAGACAAAGAACCCAGAGGAAUUAUCCCUUUGGAAAAUCUCAGCAUAAGAGAAGUUGAGGAUCCGAGAAAACCGAAUUGCUUUGAGUUGUAUAAUCCCAGCCAUAAAGGACAAGUCAUUAAAGCUUGUAAGACGGAAGCAGAUGGCAGGGUGGUAGAAGGCAACCAUGUGGUUUACAGGAUAUCUGCCCCCACCCCUGAAGAAAAAGAAGAAUGGAUCAAGUCAAUCAAGGCAAGUAUCAGCAAGGAUCCCUUUUAUGAUAUGCUGGCAACAAGAAAAAGAAGAAUUGCUAAUAAAAAAUAGCACUAAGAGGGGACACUUGUGGAUCUGCCUUAGCCAAAUUGCUAGUACAUUAUAAAGCCAAGGUAAAGUUCCAAGAAAACAAGACUUGUAUUGGAAAUGUAGUCACUUUCCUGCAGCAUCUACCUUCUCUUUGCCCAUUUAUAAUAUUCCAGGAGAUGCUGGAAGACGUUUCAAGCACAUGGAUCUAUGUGAACUGAAAAUUUGGAAACCUUAUGUGCCGUUUUGUGUGUGGCAAUGUGUGUCAUUGAACCAGGAGGUGAUGGUAUGUAAUCCUGUCCCUCUCCUGUUUUGAGGAGCCUGUGUUCUGGAUUGUGACCCGCUGCUGAAUCUAGCAUUCACAGCUAGCAGAUUACUCUUGUUUCUGGGUAUGCAGAAGUAUUUCUCUCUCCCUUGUUCAAGCCUUCCCUUCCCUUCGCAAUGCAGAGGAGUUUGAGCCGUGAUUCAGCUCACAUCCUGUCACUGGUGCUUUCAUUUAGAAUCCCCAUCUUCCAGCUUAUGGAUAGAUAGGAAGGUUACACUGAAAAAGAAAGAACUGCCACAAGCCUGGCAGCUGUAUGAUUAAGAGGCCUCCCUCUCAUAAACAGAUGGUCAUGCACUGAAAACAUGAAGUUCUCGAAGAUGAAAAGGUUACAAACAUGAGUUUUGGCAGUAUCUGUGAAGCUUAUCUUUGGUUUUUGGAUGCUUUGGAGAUGCGUGGCAUUGCCUCUCCAAGUGUUAGCCUGAAAAGCCUUUCCCAGGUCUCAGUUCUGUCUGGUAACAUUCAGCAUCAUCUUAUAUUUGUGUAAGGAUGUACUAAUAAUGGUUUGCAGGGCUCCAAAGUUACUCAAAAAUACCAGCUUUAAUUGUUCUCUUUAUUUAUUGCCACACAGGAAAAUCGAGCAAGAUUUUUGUUUUGCUUUUUAAAUGGGAGCAAGCCAAAAAAGAGAGCGUAUAUGUGUGUAUGUGUAAUAUUAGUUAUCCAUUGUUAGUAGAGUGUGCAGAAUUGCCUGAAUCCUUGCUGGGCUUUGCAUCUUUCUUAAUGAAGAUGUGUGCAUAUAGCUGGUUGGGAUAGCCAACUGAGGAUGAUAUAGUUUGGAUGAUCAUUCAAGUUUUCAUAAGCCAUAGUUUAUGAAGCUGGCUCCAAGCCCUCCCUACUUUCCACAUUCUCCUGCUUCCCUACUUUCCACAUUCUCCUGCUGUGUGCCAGCUUCUUGUGAAGAUUCUGGUUUCUGUUAAACCAGAGUCCCCUGUUGCAUCUGAAUAGGCAAACUCUAGCUCAGGGGUCCCCAAACUACGGCCCCCGGGCCGGAUGCGGCCCAAUCGGCCUUCCAAUCCGGCCCGCGACGACCCCCGCCGCCCGCUGCCGCCGCCCGCUCUCACGGCGCGCGGCGCAGCGACGAUCUAAAAAACCGGCAAA